ACUCUCCGUUGGACUGGUCGAAGAGGCUUAGACGAAGUGAAGAAACGACAACAAGAAAGACGAUCGGGACAAGAAGAAGCACGACAAGGAGAGCUAUUUUCACUUCCGUGAAAAGGAUAUUGCGGAACAUUUAAGGAUGAGUUUGAUGAAGGAACAAGAAGAGGAGGAACAGAGAAAGUGCAAAACACAAGCCCAUCUUUAUACCAUAAUAAAGGUUGCACGAGAAGAGGAUCUUGUUGACAAGAUUGGAAAAGAUAUAUACUUCGAUCUUGUGGACCAUGACAAAGUCCGAAGUUUUCGCAUUCAGAAGCAAACGCCGUUUACUCUUUUCAAGGAGGAAGUUGCCAGAGAGUUUGGUGUACCUGUGCACUGUCAGCGUUUUUGGUUAUGGGCAAAGAGGCAAAACCAUACUUACCGUCCACUUCGGCCUCUGACAGCCCAAGAGGAAGCACAACAAGUUGGACAGGUGAGGGAGAUGCGGAACAAGGCUUACUACAAAGGGCAAUUAAAGUUGUUCUUGGAAGUUGUGCUUGGGCUGGAUCUGGUUCCUGUUUCACCACCCGAAAAAACUGAUGAAGAUAUCUUGCUAUUCUUCAAACUUUACAACCCUGAGAAAGGAGAACUGCGAUAUGUCGGUAGGCUCUUUGCGAAGAUUUAUCAUAGACCAAUUGAAAUUCUGCCAAGAUUAAAGGAGAUGGCGGGCUUCAAUCAAGAUGAAGAAAUAGAACUAUUUGAGGAGAUAAAGUUCGAGCCUUCUGUCAUGUGUGAGCAUCUUGACAAGGAGACAUCCUUUCGAAUGAGUCAGAUUGGAGAUGGGGACAUCAUUUGCUUUCAAAAGGCGGACAAUGAAGAUGGAUUUCGUUACCCAGAUGUUCCUUCUUUCUUGGAGUAUGUGCAUAACCGCCAGCACGCGAUGGAAGAGCAAAGUUUCACUUUGUGGAAAUACACAUGGAAGAUUACCAACUUCUCUAGCUUGACUCAAAGGAAGUACUACUCUGAAGUGUUCACGCUCAGCAACCAUGCCUGGCGAAUACUCAUCUUCCCAAAGGGGAACAAUACAGAGCAUUUGUCAAUAUACUUGGAAGUCGCUGAUUCCGAGAGGCUACCAUCCGGGUGGAGCAGAAACGCCCGUUUCAAGUUGACUCUGAUUGAUCAGAACAAUUAUGGCAAUUCUAGGAUUAGGGAGACAGAACACAAUUUCACUGGAAGAGAGAGUCUUUGGGGCUUCACAUCCUUCAUCCUAUUGAGUGAAGUCCGUGACGGCCGUAACGGGUAUUUGGUGAACAACACUUUGAUGGUUGUAGCUGAGCUUUUAGCCCCCCAACUCCCAGCUGAAAGUACUUGGCUGGCUGAACCUUCUGCAAAUAUUCCACAGGCGACAAAAACAGAUGCAUUCAACACAUAUUUCUCAAAUCUUGAGGAACUUAUUAAUGUUGCUGAGAGUUCUUCAGCUAGAGGAGGGUCGAAUGCGAGCAAUCAAAAAGGUGCUCUUUCAACUUCUGAGGCUCCCACCUUGGAAGAAGUACAGAAGGCUAGGCUGUCUCUGAAGGAGUGCCUUUCCGAUCUCUUCAAGCUAAACAUAAAAGACAGAUUGGCUGAAGCAGUGUCAACGUUAAGCAUGGCCAAAAGAGGGUUGUCACGAGACCGGCAAAAGUCAGUCAAGGCCUUUUGGGCCAACUUCGAUGAGUUCACGUCCGACUUUUUGACCUUCGAGCGGGACAAUGUCGAAUUCGAGUUGCAGAAAUUGAUGAAGGAUCAGAUGUUUGUGACAAUGAAGAAGAAUCAUGAGACUCACGUCUUGUAUAAGCAGUUGUUGGGUGACCUGACCGAAAAGGAGGAAGAGCUCAACGAAAAACUUGAGGAAGUGAAGUCCAAAAGAAGAGAGCUCAUUUCGAGCUGGGAGACUUUGAUGGUCGAGUCGGAAGAAGCGAAGUCUGGGUACGAGGACCAAGAGAAAAAAGUAGAGGAGGCCGAGGAGAAGAAGAGAAUAGCCGAGGAAAGAAUGUCUAGAUCAAGGACUGCGUGGUCAAAUCUGAAGUUGCUAUUUGGUUGAAACUUUUUGGGCUUGGAUCAGAACCGGCUAUGAGGACACUGUUCAAUUGGAUUGCUUAUGUGAAUAGAACUCUCUUUGUGUGAUAUCUCUUGCUAUCAAGUGCUUUGAGUGG